CUCUCUCAUAACCAGGUUACAAGAGAGGGAGGGAGUAGCUGAGGGACUAUUUUUCUUCAAUGAAAUCCACCUGCUCCUCUUCUCUGUUCUAUUAGAGAGAUUUUUCCAAGCAGGAUUCCCACCAGAGCCGACAUGGAGCGUCUAGAGAGAAGACUGCCUGUAGCAUUCCUCCUCCUUCUGCCUCUUCUGUCUGUCAGCUGUGUCUCCAAUACCAAAACUACAGUCUCCUGGUGUGUGUUGUCUGACGCUGAAGAGCAGAAGUGUCUGGAUUUGUCCGGGAACACCACAGCUCAGAACAUUAGAGGAACUUUACGAUGCGUCCGUGGCCUGAACACCAGAGACUGUAUGAACAAAAUCAAGAAUGGGACAGCAGACGCAGCCUCCGUGUUUGCUGACGACAUCUAUGCUGCUGGCUUCUGCCACGGCCUGGAGCUGGCUGCAGGAGAGUCCCAUAACGGAGUCGAUGGUCUUAGCUACUACGUGGUGGCGAUGGCACGUCGUUCCUCCUCAGACCUGUCCCUGCUGGAGAUGCACGAGCGCAGCUCCUGUCACCCCGGCAUGCGCACCACAGUGGGGUGGACUGUUCCUAUUGGCUACCUGGUCAACACGUCCCAGAUCAGAAUUGGGGAGCAGUGCAACUUCCCCAGAGCCGUUGGCAACUUCUUUGGUUACAGCUGUGUGCCGGGUGUUAAGGACAUCCAGCACGACCCGAGAGGCAACAACCCUAAGAACCUGUGCGAGGCCUGUAUAGGAGACGAUAACGACAGACACAUCUGUGCCAACAACCACAGAGAGAGGCACUACGGAGAAGCAGGAGCACUGAGGUGUGUCGCAGAGAACCUCGGUGACGUGGCAUUUGUCAAACACACAACACUCUUUGACAAUUUGGACGGUAAGAACCAGGAGUCCUGGGCCCUGGAUCUGGAGCUGGAGGACCUGAAGCUGCUGUGCCCAGACGGAACCGAGGCGGACCUGGACGAGUUUGAGCGAUGCCACCUGGCAGCUGUCCCAGCUAACGCUGUGGUGGUGCGCAUGGAGGACAAGUGUCGCGUCUGGAAGUUCCUGGAACGUUUACAGAAUGCGUUUGGCAACUCCACCGAGGGCUUCCGCCUGUUCAGCUCAGCAGGCUAUGGCGAAUCCGAUCUGCUCUUUAAUGACGCCACCCACCACCUGCAGAGAGUUCUGGGUAGCUACACCUCUUGGCUGGGCCCCACUUACACCACCGUGCUGCAAGCCUUCGAGUGUGAGGGCUUCUGCUGAUGGAGCAGGAGGACAUCCAGCAUAUCAACUUCCACCCCAUCCCUCCGUCUCCGUCCUUCCGCUCUGCCUUCCCUCGCUGCCAUCUGUGCCCCUCUGCCACUCCGUCUCGCCAUCUCUCUUCAUCUUUGCUUUGCUUCUUGUGUUUGUGUCCUCCCUGCAUUUCACCACCCAUUCUCUACUAUCAUGUCAUUGUCCUCCUUUAACAUAGUGCUCCACUCUAUAGUGUGCUGGCUGGCAGGGUAGGACAUCGCGGAAAUACAUCAGAAAAAUGUCCUCGAAAAUGAGUUUAGGUUUUAAGAUGACACUUGGAAGAAAGGGUGGGAAAGAGAAAACAAUAAAAUAGAAUAAAAGUGCAAGUUAAGGAGUUCUCAUGGUUUUGACAGAUUGUGUGUCUUAUAAAAGAGGAUGUUGAUACAGACUUUAAUGGAAAAUGCCACAUAAACAUGAAACAUCUUCCUCAAUAUUGAUUUAUACAUACAAAAAUAGUCCUGUUAAAUUGCCCUACCCUGUAUGUUUGUCAGAAAAUUGUGUUCUGGUUGCAUUAGUCUAAGCAUCAAUACCACCCAUGCACCCCACAACCUCCUCCCACAGGGUCUGUCUCUGGCACUGAACAACUGGGUGCUAUUAACUUUGAGCUUAGAGGUCUCAGUUGCUGUAUAUGUGUGUGUGUGUGUGAGUGAGUAUAGACUUUUUUUGCACAACCAUUAUUGUCCUAAUUGGCAGUCUGGCAUAUCAUACUGUGUGUAAGAGAGAGACAAGUGUGUGUGUGUGUGUGUGUGUGUGUGUGUGUGUGUGUGUGUGUGUGCAGGUGUCUGUAUGUUUAUGUGCCUAUGUGUUAUUGUGUUGAUCGGGUUGCUGCUUUCCCAUGGCUUGUAGCGUUUCACUUUGGAUCACUGCUUUCUCAUGUCUGGUAUGGUGGACUGUACUAUGCCAGCUCGCAGUGUUUUGUUACACUAUACAGUUAGGAGAAACUGGAUUAGGGCUUGGGCUGCCUCCAGUGACCCCCGAGUGAGUUUUUUUCCUCAUCUGUGACAUUUGCAUCACCCAGAACACCCAAACUAUACUCUUCAAUGCCUACUUUGUCUGUCCUGAUUCAACGCGUAAAGGAAUAGGUGGAUAUCAUUUAUACUUUAAGUUUGUUCAUAAUAGCGAGACCUUGAUAACGAUAGAAGUUACUAACAGGAGGAUGUCCAAGGCUGGUCUUAGAGGAAUAAAUUAGUCAGUGCAGUGUGUGAUAUUAUAAAAUAAUUGUUAUGAGGAAGAGUAUUGCUGAAUUAAUGAACUAUGAAGAAAUGGCGAUUGUAAAAAAAAAAAAUAAAAUCCAUUAAAUUUUCUGAUAUGUUUAAGGAAGUGUAAUUAAAGAACAGUUAAGCGUGUUUAAAGCCUCACUUGACUCACAGAAUCAUGUACUGUAAACGGAUACCGACUGUAAUUCUGGGCUUUAAUCGUCUCCAUCUUUAUUAUUUGCUUUGCAUUCUGCACCACAGAGCUCGGCAGUAAACUGAUAAACCGGA